GGGCUUCACGUGCCGCUGGCGCUGAUGGCGGCGGGGCUAGCGGAGGGUCGCACUGAAGCGGGAGCGCGAGGAGGCGGGGGACAGACGGCGGAACCGAGCGCCGACGCUCCGCCAAGCCAGCCGUGAGCACAAAGAGCCGCGCUGCAGGGAGGCCCGCUGACCGGAUGGAGGGUCCGGGACGUCCUAUUGGCCGUCAUCUCGUCUCGCCCCACCAGCCGCUCCUCUCCUUCUGCUGCUGCGGCAGAAGCGUCUUGGUGGGAUUCGUCUGAAAAAUGACCCCGACACUGCCAGGCUAGCUGCAGCUUCACUGUGAUCUCUGUCCUGCAGCUCCAACCCGCCAAGCGUUUAGAAACAGCCAGACAAUAAAAACAAACUGAGAUUUGGUUAGAAACCAAACCACUUCGAACAUGUAGGUGGGCUGCGACCAGCACCAGGUAGCUAACGGUGAGUUAGCGGCUUGAGGUAGACGGAUAGCGGUGGCUCUGGCGUAACAGAGGGUGAUCAGCGGGGGUGCGAUGGAGUACCACUCCGGUGGCAGCCUGCCCCUGCUGGGGAGACCGCGGUACUGCCCUGGAGCCAAUGCUAACGGAGGAUAUCUGUGCGAGACGGGACACUGCUGUGGAGAGACCGGCUGCUGCACCUACUACUACGAGCUCUGGUGGUUCUGGCUGCUUUGGACCGUCCUCAUCCUGUUCAGCUGCUGCUGCGCGUACCGGCACCGGCGGGCCAAGCUGCGGGUCCAGCAGCAGCAGAGGCAGCGAGAGAUCAGCCUGCUGGCCUACCAUGGAGCCAACUCCUUCCCCUCCUCCAUGCUGGACCUCAGUUUCCUGGCGUCGCUAAAGCUACCGUCUUAUGAGGAGGUUGCGGCCCAGCCCUCCACUCCUCCUCCGCCGUACAGCUCUGUGUUUACGACCCCGCGAUACCCGCAGCCGCCGCGCGCCGCCGACCCGCACCUGCUCACGCAGCACGGCCCGCUGCUGCACCGGCCGCUGAGCGACGGCCCGUCCUCCUUCAGCUCCGACAACAGCUCCAGCUGUUCCUGCGACUCCUGCUGCCCCUCUUCUCCGUGUAGCUCUUCGCUCUCAGCGCCCAUCACCUACGAAACCGACACAAGCCACGGCUCCACGCCAAGCGAGGCCACGCCCCUCACCCUUGACGUCACCAUGGAGACCAUAGCGGCUGCAGCCAGCUGCCUGGCGGCCAGCGAGGCCCGGUUCGCCUCUGACAGACCGGGCGCCGCGGUGACCGUCGACAUCGAGGGCGCCGAAGACGUCGGCGCUCAGGAAGCCUCCGCCACGGACUCUUCCCUCCCCAGCCAGACUGUUACCGUGGCGAUGGUUACCAGGGCAGCGCCGUCUCAGCCCUCACCUGGCUCUGAGGUCACCCUCACCGUUGCAGCUUCGUCUCCUGGAAAGCUCGACAUGCCUCCUCCAUGUUCUCCGAUCUUCAGCACCGGUAGCUCCAGUCCUCUCCCCAGUCCGAGGCUCGAUGCCAUCCAGCUCCCCUCCAGUAAAAUCACGAGAACCGGAAGUCUGUCAGGGCCUCCCACGCCAACAGCUAACCCCUCUGACUGCUGUGGGCCGUUCGAAGCUCUGGAGACUCUUGAUUCUUCGAGAACUUUUGAUCCACCCAGUGCCGCUUCGACGCCAUCAGCACCGUCUCCAGACGUUCUCAGAACUUUGGCCUUGAAAGCAGACUCUGCCAGCCUUCUAACUCCUGAUCAGGAUGUUAGCGUUGUUCCAGCCGAUGCACCUGUUACCCCGACCCAAACUAUAGCGUCUCCAAACCCGACAAAGGACCAAGAACCACUGCUGUCUGAUUGUACUUCAGCCAUUAUUGGCGCCCCUCUGAUUCCUAAACCAACACAUUUAAAUCUCACCCCAGGUACGAUUGCGCAAACCGUUUCAUCUCCAUUGACUCAAAACUUAGAACCAUCUCCCGGGUCGCGUUUGGCCCAGAUUCCCUCAAGCCCUGGGUCAGGGCCUUCCCAGCACUCUUGUCUAGUUUUGACUGUGAACGUUUCUGGACCGAGUCCAGAGCUGCGUGGUUCAUCUGAGUCAAACCUUCUCGCACCAUUGCCUUCAGAUGUUCAGGCUAGUUUUAGCUCUGGAUCAGGAUCGCCAACCCUCCUUCCGGUUCCGGUAGACGGCUCUUCUUCUUGUCCAGCAAUCACGAUCGAGUCUGAGACUUGUUUCAUGUCUUCUCCGUCGCCCCUUGCGGUUGUUUCUCCAUCCUCACCCCGAUCUCCUCUUGUGGCACCAGCAUUACUCCUGGACCCCCUCACCGCUCUUCACCCGUCCGACAAAGGCGCUUCCUCCUCCGGCCACGCGUCCUCCCUCUCCCCGUCGCCCCGCGCUACUCAGUCUCCACCGAAACAGACCGUCUUCUCGCCGUGCGUGGACGUCUUCGAACCCAGACCCGCGUGCUGGGAGGACGGAGACGAGGAGCAGGCCGCUGGGGACAGAGAGGAGGACGAAGACGAUGACAUGGGAGCGGACGAGAGCCAGUAUCGGCACCGCCGUCUCACCGGCGACUCCGGGAUUGAGGUGUGCAGAUGUCGAGUAGAGGAAGAGGAGGAUGAGGAUGAAGAAGAGGAAGAGGAGAAAGACGGAGACACGGACGUGCAUGAUAGCGUGGAUUGUCCCGCAAGAAGUCAGAUGAGCACAGGGGACGAACUUACGCCGUGCAACCCCUCCACCUCGGUCACCACGUCAACCCCUGAAGAGAAGGUCAUUAUCGUCAUGGAGAAAGUGUAACCGAUGAAAGCCGAUGGUUCAGUUCCUCGCUCUGACCUGGAGUACGCCAGGCAGCCAUCAAAUUUAGAAGAUGCUUCUCGAGCGUCGUGGUUGUGAACCUAGACGACGAAUGCACUGGUGUUGGGAGAAAGAUUUGGUUUGGAAGUCACUUUAUGGGCAUUUUAUGGACGCCUCUAGUUCACCAGAUCUAGAUGCUUCAUUUCAGGAUGAUUGAGCUAAAACUGAGCUCUUCUUCCUUACCUAAGAGAUCUCCAUGUCCUGCACACUCUUUAACACGUAUUAAAUCACACUGUAACCCAAUCUUUGUUGACUCGCAUCAACAAAUUUUAAUAAAUCCUCUUAACAGUCAAAUAUGGUUACCAUCGAUCCAAACUACAUAAAUUUGCACACAAGGGGGAAACAAUCUCCAUGUGACGCAAAUACAGCAUAAAAGCUGCACACGUGUUUGUCUGAGGUUGAAAUCGUGCCCCGGCAGCCGAUGACGCUUUCCGUCUUUUGCCCAUAAAUGAGCAUCUUUAACGAAUCGAGCAUUCGGAAGGCGGCGAUACCUUCCACUGCCGUCUUGGAUGAUGACGGAGGUUUGGAAAUGUGCCGGGAACAAGUUGGCUUGCUCUGAAAAAGGAAGAGAGCCCGGUGUAGGUGGAUGAUUCACGGCGCCUGAUUGACGGAGGGGAGACUGAUUCACUGGGUUUGAUGGCUGGGUCUGUCAGCAGAGCAGAGUUAGGUUUGCAGUCAGCGAGUGGAAAACUUCAAGGCGGACGGCUCGGCUUGGCUGGUGUUGCGUCGACAUCUCAGCAGAGAAAAGCUCUUACAUGAAUGUAAACAAACAAUGGCUGCUUUUAGAGCGAAACAAAGCCCCAAAGAGAGCAGAGGCGGAGCGUGUCAUCGUCCCGUCUUUGUCUCUUUCUCGGAGUAUGAGGUCAGAUCAAACAAUACGCCGUAGACGCCUCGAUCUCCGUCACUUUCUGGAUCUCUUCAUUCAUAAACGCCCCUCCUACGUCCUUAACUUUAGCAGGUUUGAACAAUAGUGCAAAACAAAUUGCAGAGCAGACAGACAUUUCAAGGCCUUUUAAAAGAAUAAGUCACGGCAAACGUGUUUAAAGAGUUUGGUUUAUUUUUAGGUCGGUGUUUCGUACGUUGUGAGCUUGAUAGACAAGUCAGUGUACAUAUUUUGUGACACACAAAGAUGGAGUAUAUUUUAUCAACGAAGCAGUUAGUAGUUGUUUUGUACAUGCUGCCGUGUUUCAGCUCACCGUAGGAUCUGGAAUUAGAAGUGAGAUGAAGAGCAAUAUUUUUAUUCUAAAAGAAUAAAUAAACCCAGAGAAAAGUGAAAAAGCAGCGUCGGAAACGUCGGGACGGAAAAGGUCAGACCGAUAUCUGAUGAAAAGUUAUUAGAAGCAGUUUUGAGCAACUCUGAAGAGAAAAGCGUUUCAUCGUGUAGAAGGUGGUUGGUGUUUAUCUCCUACGGUCAAACGAUAAGAGACGCAUCUGCAGCAGGUUCCCAGUCCAACACAGCGUCAAGAAAUGUGUUGAUAUAAUCCAAUCUAUUAGGAAAUGAUGCAUCCAUCUAUCAUCUAUACAAGGCCAUGAUGGCCUAGUGUCUGUCUCUCCCGGUCAGUGUGGGAAGCAGGGGUACACCUUAAGGCGCCAGUCCGCCACAGGGUCAACAGCCACCUGCACUUUACUGGUGACUCCCAACGCUUUUCAGAAAAGUUGGGAGUUUUCUUCUUGGUGCAAAAAAGUUUACAAAUGAGGCUGAUGAAAAGUGUUUAGAUGCAUUUUUGUUCAACUGAGGAAAGAAAAAAUGCUCCAUCCUACUGUAGGGCGUUGGUUUCUUGAGGUCAACGGACAAGAGACACCUGAAGAAGGUUCCCAGUCCAACACAUGGUCAAGACAUAACCCAGUCUAUGAGGAAGUGACACGAUCCACCCAUCUUCUUUACAAGGCCAUGAGGGACAGGCUGGUGUCCGUCUCUACCGGCCACUGAGGGCACAGGGCUACACCUUGAUGAGCCAGGCCACUGGUUCUACGUGAAUAUGUGGUAUAACGUAGGUUUCACCAUUCACCCGUGCUUUCCUGUUUCAGAAAUGUCCAUUGAUGUAGGAGCAUGUCUUAAAAAGUCCAAAUCUUUGGUUGUUGUGAGAGAAAGAUCAGUGAUGUCAGCAGAUUGAUGAAACAUUUAGAUGUUUCCUCCGGCAGUAAAGCUAAACGGGCCUGUGUUUGAGGAAAAGUGAAGGUUCUCAUCACCCCAGGAAAUCAUCCACCCAACCUUAGUGAAUGGAGAGAGACUCAGCCUGGUUGAUCCUUACACCCUGUGUUCAUGCUGCAUUGAUCCACACCUUCAUGCAUAACUCAACAGAGCCACCGAUACAUGAUCCAAAUGAGCGCUAAGCUGCUAGGACUCCAUUAAAGGCACAAAGUCCUGCCACAGAAACGGCUCACGACGGAGACGGAUCCAGAUAUCUGGUCCUGGGACUUUGACAGACCGAGGAAGAUGCUUCUGGCUGAACGUCGGCACCGGUGGAGUGAGAACGACGAGUUCUUGGAGGCUUCUAGAGCGACGCCCAGCUGUUGAUGUUGUAGUUGAUGUUGUGGUUGACGGUGUUUUUUGUUUACCUGAACUUAUAACGUUAUAUAUUUCAUUGGUUUCCGAGUGCCAUUUCUACUUGACUACUGUUACUACUUAGCAUUAUUUAGAGCUGUUCUUGCUCUGUGUGACUGUGGCUUUAUAGCAGAGUGACUUGGGAGUUGUUUGAACUUUGUCUGUACUUUGGGUUCCCAAAGGCUGAGCAGACCUGAGAUCAGCUCGAGAUGAUUGGGGUUUGGUUAGAAACGGCUUGGAGCGCCGAUGUUUAACGGAAAAGGAUUGAAACAACCCAGUGAGUCUUUUCUGUCUUGGUUUUGACCAAAAGCUCCGAGGCGUUUUUAAGGUAAAGUGACAGAUUACAGCUGAUCCAGGACUUCCUGCUUUGGGAAAUCCUGUCUUUAUGUCUCUGUUAAAAGUCUAAAUUACUUAUUUCUACUGAACUAUGUUACUAUGUCCACAUUGACUGGAUUUUCACUGAAAAUGUAGAUUUCUUUUCUUGAAUUCAAGGCUAAAUAUAGUAACACCUGACUGGUUCUGCCUGUUUUCUGUUAUUCUGCCACAGCAGGUGUUGGGAGAUGAUAAAUCCAAUUUCCAUUUUCUAAAGAAUUCAAUGGAAAACACCAAACUGGAUGAGAAACUAAAGAAACAUUUAAUACAGUUUUUGGAUUAAAUGUUAAUUUGGUUGGUUUUAGAGACUGGUUUGGUUUGACUAGGCCAGUUUCUUGACCCUAAAAUGUGAAGCUAGUCAAACCAGUUUGGAUCUGAUCUCUUUUAGUUGACCCGGAUUAUAAGACUGUCCAGUUCCUUCCCUCUGCUUACAGGAUUUUAACUAAUUUGUCUUUUUCCACCUUCAUAUCCUCACUGGCGUUUCUGGCUGUCAGUCGGUGGGAGAGGAUUUAGAAAAGAUUUAAAUCCUGUAAUAUUCAAACGACAGGAGCACUAACUAGUAUUAGAGGUAAUAAUUGGUGUGUGUGUGAAUGUUUGUACGUAUGUGUGACAUAACUAAACCAGCCUGUUCUAAAAGUGUGGAAAUAUAAUAAAACUGUUGAAUCUAAAA